AUAUUCUUAACUCUUUUAAACGAUUUUACAAGAGCAAGCUGUCGUUUCAAAUUGUUUAUGUUGCAAUAUGGUAAUCUAUUAGACCUUCAUAAAAGCAUUUACCCAGGCCACAUGCAGCAAAUUCUUAGCAGGGAGGCAGUGGUGGAACAAAGAUAAGGGUUUCAAAAUCCGAAUCGACGCCCAAAACCUUGCAAAAUUAUUGCAAAUAAUAUCCACAGUUUCUCUUUGCGAAUGUUGUGAAGGUGAACCUUUCUGUAACUGUUGGAAAAAGUUGAACAAUGUUCAUAAUUGUAGGAAAGCAACGCAGAUUUACAAAGUUAAUUUCAAACUUGCGAUUUCGGGGAAAGUUCCUGUUCCAGUUGUUGUUCGUUAUAUCCGGGGUUCGUUAUACCUAGAGAAUUUUUAACUAGUUUGUUAGGCAGAAUCCAAGAGGCCAGACAUUUUGUUCCUUAUACCGGGAAGUUCGACACAUCCGGGGUUCGUUUGGGGGGCCUAUGAACUUUUACCAUUAUCUGGGAAGAAUAAGCUACAAAAUUGUCACUUUUUAAACAUUUUUCAGGAAAAAUGUACCCUGGGUACCAGACUCACUAUAUAAAAUAAUAAUUUUAUUUCAUAUAUAGUGAGUCUGGUACCCAGGGUAGGAAAAAUGCAACUAGAAUUUAUUUUUGAAUGAAUUUGUCAGACUUUUAAGGUCUCCAAACGCUUUAUGCUGUUUUCCUUAACGAAAGAAAAAAUAUGAGCUAAAAGAUAUUAUUCUUCAUCGUUUUCUUUAUCAAUGAAAAUCAGCUCUUAUGCCGGUGUCAUAUGCGUUUCGGUAACCUUAUGCAUAUUGGUCCGGGUACACAAACGCAUAACAAUUUUUGUUAUGCAACAACGUACCCAAGCAUUUAUACAAUAGGGUACCAAAACGAAUAGUGGAAUUUAGCAUGCGAACCGAUCAAAUGUUCUGGUUCAUAUUGUUCAGAAUGUAAAGAACAAUUGAACUAUUUUUAUAAAAGGGAUGCAAAUAAGAAGCGGUGCUGUAAUUUCCUUUGUUAAGUUUAUGCAAAAAAAGUACAACAUUUAUGGCGACUCCAAACUUUGCGUGAUUGACAAGCGUAAAUAUCAAACUCUUAAAAACGUGUCAAAACAUCGCACAAUGAUGAAGUCACAUGAUCUGAAACACAUUGCGUUUAACAAUGUUACACUUUUGCAUAUGGUACCAAAACGCAUAUUACACCGGCAUUUUUCUUUUCACUUUGUUGGGUCUACACUUUGUUAUGCAUUGACAUUUGAUGAAGUAAAACAUUAAGAAUUUGUUCAGAAUUGUGAAAGCAUUAGAUAUUGACGGAUAGGAUUCACAACUGAUAAGGGACUUAUCAUGGGAACAGGAUGCAGCCAUCAGAAUUGACGGAGGGAGACCAGCAAGUGGACAUCAGUUGUGAAAGGUGUAAGACAAGGAUAUGUACUAUUCCCAGAUCUUUUUAAUCUAUACUGUGAAGUUAUUCUGAGGGAGAAAGAGAGUAUGUGAAAGUUGUGAAAGUUGGUGGUGCCAAAAAAAACAACUUGUGACCUGCGGAUGACACCUCAUAAAUUGUGAAAAAUGAUGCAACCCUUCAAAAUCUUCUGAAGGGGGAAGUGAAAAGAAAGGUCUUCAAAUAAAGAUGAAAAAGAACGAGGCUUCUAUCGAAUGUUAUGAACAUAGCAAAACACUAAUAACUAAAAAGAAAAUUUGAAAAAGAAAGAGAUUUCAGAUAUGGAGAAGAAAAAGCUCCUUAACGCGGCAAGGGACAGUGUGGCAAACGAAACAAAACAAGAUGAUCAACACGAGACGCCUGAAGAGUACAAAUCCAGAUGGAGGACAAUAAGAAUCACUUAUUUAACUAUGACACUCAGUGCAAUGGAAUUUUCAAUCAUUUUACCGUCAAUUUGGCCUUAUCUGCAAAAGGUUGACCAAGAAGUCAAUGCUCAGUUUCUGGGUUUGGUAGUUACUGGCUACGGCAUUUUUCAGGUUAUUGGUUCCAUUUUGUUUGGUGCUUGGUGCCAGUACCGUCCAGCUAUCGAGCCACUGUUAGCAAGCGCUUCGCUUCGCUUUAUUGGGAAUUUCUUGUACCUGUGUGCUGAAAACUAUCCGGGUUUCGAUGGGAAAAUGCUGAUACUAUUUGCAAGGCUUACUAUCGGUUUUUCAGCAGGAGAUAUAGCUGUUUGUCGCACUGUGGUAUCUCAGUCAGCUGCAAAAUACGAGAAAAACAAUGCAUUGAAAGUCAUAGUUGCAUUGGAAGAAUUUGGAUCUGCAAUGGGUCCAGCUCUACAAGCUGUAGCCGUACCCUUGUUGGGUAAAGGCCUACAUUAUUCUUUUGUGAAUAUUGACAUUUUCAACAUUGCUGGAUGGAUCGGAAUAGUGAUGGCAGUUUUCAGAAUACUCAUUACUCUUAUCUGGUUCAAAGAACACAACAUUGAUGUGAAAGACAGCACAGGCGAUCUUCCAAAGCCGAACCUGCGUGCUGCUUUGGUUACAAUAUUAGCCUUUUUCGUCCUUUAUUAUGAUGUUUCGAUUAUUGAAACUGUGACAAGUCCAUUGCUUGGAGAUGAAUUUGCCCUGCGAAAAGACGAAGCAGUUCUGUACGCAGGGACAGCCCUGUCUUCAUUAAGUAUAAUCAUCUUGGCAGCUUACAUCAUCAUCAGACGUAUACAAAACAGAUUUCGCGAAAGGACCAUUCUUUUUUUCGGGUUCCUCGUCUUGCUCCUGGCAUUUGUUAUCCUUUUGCCUUGGGGAAGUGAGCGCCAUAAACUUCAAACGAAAGAACUAGUUAUUGUUGGAAAUGUUUCAAAGAUAGUAUUGUCUCCUGGUUGCCCAAUCAAGUACAAUUGGUGCAAAACCACGCCCAAGAUACGCCCAAUUCAAUUUGCUAUUGGGAUUUUCUUUGUAUUCGUCGGUUUUGCUAUGCCCCAGAUUAUCAUCAAUCUACUAUACUCGAAAAUAAUUGGGCCAAGGAAACAGGGUUUGUACAUGGCCUCUUUCAGCUGUGCUGGCUCAUUUGGAGAUUUGGUCGGACCACUGGUAACGACUUCAUUGUAUGCACAUUUUGGACCGAGAGGAUUGUUUCUUUGUGCAGCGAUUGUAAACUUGAUAACUGCUACGAUGCUUGCAGGGUUUUAUACAAGUUAGUUCCAUUCGAAGAAUAUGUUAAAGUACCUAUCGCUGAUGAAUGAUAAUAUUAAAAUAAAAAUAUAAAUACUUUUGGGUCUCUAUUUUUUAGAAAUUAAAUUGUGCAUUGGUUAUAUAAAAGAUUUGACUUACUUGGGUCUCAAUAAUAUCAAACUUUAAAGAGCUAUGUCAAACACCAGAUAUGAAAAAGAAAAAAUUGUUUUCGACUUGCCUUACUAGGUUCCA